UAUCUGGUCUAAUUGAACAAAAAUCAGCCGCUGAUAAAAUUGGUAUUCCUUUAGCCCCCAAGCCCCUGUUUUACUCCAAAUAUGUGUUAGAAAAACUGGGACCCAAAAUAGCCAUUAUGGUUAAAGGAACUGAAUACAGCAAAGAGUUGGAUCUAUUAUUGCCACAACUGGAAAGCUUAGGGGGAAAAGGUCGUAUUAUAGCCCUUUCCGAAACUGCUUUGGCUGAGGUUAGCGAUUUUGCUCCCACCGGAUUAUUUUGGCGUUGUCAUGCAGCUCUGGUUGAACAUUCUGAACUAGUGCUGCAACUGGCCAAGUUAGGUCUACCACAAAUAUCAUCUUUUGAGUCUUUAUUUAUUUCUGGGGACAAAUCAUUUCUAACUAUUCUAAAAAAAAGAGAUACCACCGGCACGAUUCCUCAAACUUAUGUUUUGUCAAAAAAUGACCUGGCUCAAAAUCUUAAUUUGCUGGUCAAAGAUCGAUCCGUGCUAAAACCCGGCGACUCAGCCCGGGGUGAGGGGGUUUUCCUGGGCAAAAACUUUACUAAUCAGGCUUGGGAAAAGAAAAUAAAGGAAGUUAUGAAUUCUCAGAAAGA